AUGUCCGUCUGCUCCAGCGACCUGAGCUACAGCAGCCGCGUCUGCUUUCCUGGUUCCUGUGAUUCCUGCUCCGACUCCUGGCAGGUGGACGACUGCCAAGAGAGCUGCUGCGAACCCCCCUGCUGCGCCCCGGCCCCCUGCCUGACCCUGGUCUGCACCCCAGUGAGCUGUGUGUCCGGCCCCUGCUGCCAGGUGACCUGUGAGCCCAGCCCCUGCCAAUCAGGCUGCACCAGCUCCUGCAUGCCCUCAUGCUGCCAGCAGUCUAGCUGCCAGCCAGCUUGCUGCACCUCCUCCCAAAGUCAGCAGGGCUGCUGCGUGCCCGUCUGCUGCAAGCCUGUGAGCUGUGUGCCUGUUUGCUCUGGGGCUUCCUCUUCAUGCUGCCAGCAGUCUAGCUGCCAGCCGGCUUGCUGCACCACCUCCUGCUGCAGACCCUCCUCCUCCGUGUCCCUCCUCUGCCGCCCUGUGUGCAGGCCCGCCUGCUGCGUGCCCGUCCCUUUCUGCUGCACCCCCACCUCCUCCUGCCAACCCAGCUGCUGCCGCCCGGCGUCCUGUGUGUCCCUCCUCUGCCACCCUGUGUGCUCCCGCCCGGCCUGCUGAGGCCUCCACUCAGGUCAGAAG